AUGCCGGAAACCGAACCUUCUCCAAAGGUUGCAAAGGCGGCAGCUGGUGAAGACAGGAUCAGUGAGUUGUCCGACGAUCUGCUCAUACAUAUACUAUUGCUUGUCCCGACUAAAGAUGCAGUGACCACCACGUUUCUGUCUAAACGAUGGAGAUUUGUCUGGACAAAGUUGCCUAGACUUGACUACAGAGAAACGAAAAACAACAGUGGCGUAAACAGCAAGAGUGUUUGGUGGUUUCUUGACGAGUCAAUGCGAUUUCACAAUGCACCUUUAUUAGAACAACUGAGUAUUAAACUCGGUCCAGAAUGUCCCAUUGAUGUUGAUGUUGUAAAGUGGGUUGCAAUAUCAAUUGAUCGUUACGUGCUGCGUAAGUUAAAGUUCAAGCUCCUCUGGAAAACCGAGCCGGUGAGAAUGCCUAGUCGCCUUUACACUUGCGAUACGCUUACGAAACUGAUUCUUUCUCAGAAGAUUCUCGUGGAUGUUCCUUGUCCGGUUAAUCUCCCAUCACUUCACCAGCUUGAGCUUCUCGAGGUUGUGUACAAAGACGAAGAUUCUCAUGUCAGGCUUUUAUCAGGUUGCCCGGUUCUCAAGCGUCUGGAAGUGAUUCGACAGGAUGAUGUGGAUGAUAAUGUGAGAAAGUUCACUGUGAAAGUUCCUUCUUUACUUACAUUAACGUAUACAAAUACGUGCUACGAUGAUGAUAUUGAUGGUCGGUCUUUGGUUAUAGACACUCCAUAUUUAACACAUAUAGACAUCUUUGACACUGAAGGACUCUAUUGCUUGAUUGAGGAUAUGCCUCGUCUUAUGAGUGCAUCCGUUUGUGUUGAGUUAAAGCUUUCUGAUAAGUUUCUGACAUGUCUUUCUUCGAUCAAGUAUCUUAAGCUACAUCAUCUAGCCUCUAAUUGGCUCCAUGGUGUAACGUCGUUUACUCUCUACUUAUAG